CACAGCAUAAUGUUUACUCCAUGACUAAUGACGCAUGGUGGUUUUGUGCAUUCGGUGCUUACACGCCGGUUAGGCGUGUUAUAGUAAUUAAUUUGUUACUACUUUUUGGAUAUUUUAAGUCAUUAGCAAAAUGGAAUCUUUGUCAGGUCAGCUUACCUCAGCUCAGAAAGAUGAGCUUAUGGAACAAGUGAAGACGCAAAUAGCUGUUGCAAAUGCUCAAGAAUUGUUGACGAAAAUGACUGAAAAAUGUUUUAAAAAAUGCAUCUCAAAGCCCGGUACAUCUUUAGAUAGUUCAGAACAGAAAUGUGUUGCCAUGUGCAUGGAUCGAUACAUGGAUGCUUGGAAUCUAGUUUCUAGAGCGUAUAGUAAUAGAAUUCAACGUGAAAGGCAAAGAAUGUAACCAUUGAUUUUAUUAAGUAGUGGAUAUUACAGCAGGAGAGAACUAUAUGCUUGAAAUAGAAUUGUGAAAUAAUUUGUAUGUGUGAUGUCAUCGAAAAUGUGUUCAAUUCAUCAGUAGGGUGUGUGUGUGUGUGAUGCUAUUACAGAAAAUUGUUUCCAUUUCUUUGGUAAAUUGAUUCUGUACAUAGAUUGUGAAUGAUGUUACAAGUAUAUUUACGAUAGUAUGAAAAUAAAAAUGUUGUUUUCAUUUGUUUGUUUAAAUUUUUAGAAAAUAUAUUUAUGAACACACCAUAUCUCUUUUGGAGAGUUGCGAUUUUACCUUUGAUUCAGUCACCUUUAUUAGAGGUAAAUUAGAAACAAAUUGUGCACGAAGGCAUUUUCACUAAAUCUUCAGUAAGUCAGAUUUGAGAGUAUUACAAUUGAUUCUGGAAAGGAAGUAAGUAGGUUAUUUAAUACUGAGUUAGUGCAUAGUGUGAAGAUGCUAGAUAAGAAUAUUGGGCUGUGAAAUCGAUGUGAGUGAUUUGGACUCGCCUUUCUUUUUUUCUAAUUUGGUAUAGUAACAAAUUUAAUUGCAUUUAAUAAACAUUUAUCCUUGCUACAAAGGACCUUGUCGUGAAUAUUUAAAAAAAUCUUUGUAUGAUUAUUGUCAUAUUUAUUUUUCAAUGCAAUGAAGGAAAGCAAAAAUCUUUAAAUACACCUCUGAAUGAACUGAAAUAUUGAAUAUCAAAUUAUUGUUAAUAUUUUAUCUUUGUAGUCUUAUUAUACAAUCGGUUAACUGUUGCUGGUGAUCUAUGCAUCUCAGAUUGAAUUCUUCCUGUUCAUUAUCAACAGCUAAGGCUGAAGAGGCAAUUUUCAACAGUUAUUGUGCAAGGUAUUUUGCUGUCUGAUGAGUGGUUCCAUGAUUCUGAUAUUAAAUUGAUCAAACAAAUUUGAAUGAAU